GGUUUUUUGUAGAAAACAAGCGCUGAGUAGAAACUUAAAUCAUUGUGAGAAGUGAAGCCUUAGAAUAAUUUUAAACAGAGGGAAGUAAAAUUUUAUAAAAUUGGUUGCUUGAAAUUUUGUUGUUUGUUGUUUGUUAAAAGUUUUAAUUUUAUCAAGUUAAUUUAAAUAUAAAUCUCGUCUGUUAAUCAGUGUUGUGGAAAAUUUGACUUUGAUCUUGAAAAAUGAUUUUUAAUUAUUUUGAAAACGAAAAGAAGCUGCUCUACCAUGAGCAUGGUUCUGAUGAAAUUCCCGAAGAAAUCAUAGCCGAAUUUUCCGGCAAAGAUGUCACUCAAGUGGAUUUCUCAUCUAAUUCUCUUGUGUCCUUAGAUUGCAUUUCUCGUUUUGCAAUGCUACGUGAAGUCAUCCUUGAUAAUAAUUUUUUGAGUGACGCAACAAUUUUUCCCAAGCAUAGUUUCCCAAAUAUAACUUUAUUGUCAUUAAACAACAACAAGCUUGAAAACCUCAACCAACUUCUGGAUAAUCUCGUGCGAUGCUUUCCAAACGUUCGGUACUUGAGCUUAUUAGGAAAUCCGCUAUGCCCUGCGAUAAAGUUAGAUUUCGUCGAAGAAGAUAAUGAAGCGUACAGAUUGGACAUUAUCAGUCGGUUACCAAAGUUGAGGUUUCUCGAUGCAAAACCUGUUCAUAAAAAUGAAAUAAUGUCGAUAAAGCAACGAGAAACAAAUUCAAAAAAUGAUCAGGAAGGAGCGCAAUCAACAGUGCCAACAGAAUCAGAACAAAGUGAAGAUGGAGUUGAGAAGAUUGGAGGCAUGAUGAAAUUUUUUGGAUUUAGGAAAAAGAAGGAAAAUGUUCCCAGAAGUCCACCGGAAAAUCGUGUCACUUACAAUCCGCUACCGAGUGAUGAGCAAGGAAGUUCAUCUCAAACGCAAACCCCAAGAGUCGCUUAUGGAAAAAUGAAAAACACUUACGAAGGUUCUCAAUCUCAAGGAAAUCGUUUCAUAUUAAAUCAAGAUUUGUAAUGAGUGUCAUUGUUUGUUUGUAAAGAUAUGUCACAAUAUUUGGUUUUAAUAAACAUCUCUCUUUUCAUUUAUUUGUAAACUUUUAAUCUGACUCAUUCAUCUCUACUGAAUGCCUGUUUGAACUUAAUCACAUUCUUUGUUUACAACAAAAAC